GUUUGUUUACAGUUUGUUGAAAUCGUCAAUGACCGAAAGCAUAAAUAAACAAUGAGCAACAUUUACAUACAAGAACCACCGACGAUAGGAAAGGUCCUGCUGAAGACAACAGUUGGUGACAUCGAUAUAGAGUUAUGGUCUAAGGAAACACCUAAAGCAUGUCGAAAUUUCAUUCAACUGUGUUUGGAAGGAUAUUACAACAAUACUAUAUUCCACCGAGUGGUGAAAGGUUUCAUAGUUCAAGGUGGAGAUCCAACAGGUACUGGUACUGGUGGUGAAAGUAUAUACGGUCAACCAUUUAAGGAUGAAUUUCAUACUCGUUUAAGAUUCAAUCGCAGGGGUCUGGUAGCCAUGGCAAAUGCUGGUAAAGAUGACAAUGGUUCUCAAUUUUUCUUCACCUUUGCUGCUGCCCCAGAGCUUCAGAAUAAACAUACCAUUUUCGGAAAAGUAACUGGUGAAACAAUCUACAACAUGCUGAAACUGGAAGAAGCCCUAGUAGAUGAGGAUGAACGGCCAUUGUAUCCUCAGAAAAUAUUCAAGGCAGAAGUAUUGAACAAUCCUUUUCCUGAUGUUGUUCCAAGGAGAGAUCCAGCCAAGGAACAAGUGACUGAAGUAAAGAAGAAAGAGAAAUCUUCAGGUGUCAAGAAUUUCAAACUUCUAUCUUUUGGUGAAGAAGCAGAGGAAGAUGAAGAGGAAAAUGAGGUAGCCAAUAAAAUGUAUGCUGGACGUAGCAAGUCAACACAUGAUGUUCUCAAUGAUCCAAAAUUAAGUGCUGUGCCUGCAGUAGAUAUGAAUCAGAAAACAAAAACGAAUAAGAAUGAAGUGGGAAGUGAAAAUGAUGAAGAUAAUACUAAUGCUUCAGCAAGUGAAGAAUCAGCUUUGAGUGGUGAUGAAGAUGUUUCGAAGAGAGGUUGGAGCUCGGAUGAAGAAAAGAAGGAAACAGCAAAUAUACGGAAAAAGUUAAAAACGGAAUAUUCUAAAACUGAACAAUCUCACAAAAAAACUGUUCCUGAUGCAAAGGAAUCUGAAAGUGAAGGGGAAGAUUAUUAUUUGGGUCAAGAACAAGAUAAAGAGAGGAAAAGAAAAAUAGAGCAGAUUCGUAAGGAAAUAAAAGAUUUAAAACGUGAAAUGAUGAACGAUAAACAGAAUAAGGAAACUGAAAUAAAGAUGUUGGCUGCUGAAAAGAAGGAGAAGGAAAUACUUAAAGAAUAUAAUGAAACAGUAGCAAAAUACAAACAGAAAAAGCAAGAAAUGCCAAAGAAAGGCCAGUCAAGAGAGGAAUUCACUCUUUCAUUGCUGUCAAAAUUUCAGAAGAAACUUGCAGAUGCAAAGGACAAAGCUCAAAAUAGUGCAGAUCAAGGUGAUGAUAAAAAAGAUGAUGACUCAAAUGCUGAUAGUGAAAGUGAGGAAUGGUUGACACACAAACUUCAGUUUGAGGAGAAACUGCCAGUUUUGGCCAAGGAUGCCAGCACAAAAGAUGAUGACUGGUUUGAGAUUUAUGACCCCAGGAAUCCAAUAAACAAGAGAAGGCGAGAAACAAGUAAAAAUGCCAUGAAAAAUAAAGAGAAACAAUAAUUGUAGAACAAGUGCAAAGAAGAACACUGAGUGUAACUAUGAAGCAUUUGGAACAAGUGGCCUACUCAACUGAAUGAUCUCACUAGCUAAAAUGUGCAGAAAAACACUCGAAAGGGCUGUGAAGAUGAGGUGAACACAUAAGGACCAGAAUUAGUACUGUGACUCAUGUUGUAUAUUAUUAUCUUUAGUUGAAGGUUAUUAUAAAGAAAUGUAUACAGACAACAAAUAUUUACUGAGCAGAUCAAAUGCAUUGAGCAAAACUGCUUUUACUACAAUAAUAUUUUGAGUUUCACCUCAGGUGGUGCAUAACUCCUUCUUCCAUGCAUACACAAGAACAGCCUUUGCAAAAAUUGGUAUUCUUAAUCGGGAUUCUUCAUACAUACCUAAUUGAUAAAGUUAACUAUGAGGCAGUAUAAUAGGAAGCACUAAUACAUUCCUAGAAGAAAGAGAGAGACAAGAACUGUUUGCAGGGCAUAAAUAUACAAAUUGUUUCUGAUUGAGGAAAUGUCAGUGUCAUCAGCUAGCACCACCUUAUAUACUCUGAAUGAUUCUAAGAGUAAAUUUGUGGCACACCUACCAUAUUAAAAUUAGAGCAGCUGAUUACUUGUACUUUUAAAUCCAACAUGAAUUCCUACAAAUUUGCAGUUGGUUCUUGCUGUUUCAUUUUGAGCAUAAUUACUUUAUUGUUUCCCCAUUUCAUAUACAACUACAUAUGUUCCCUCUGCAAAGCAUUUUCUGCCUUCACAGCAAUUGCUUCAUUAUCAUAAGUGUGUUGUAGUGGCAAUUACGUUGACUUCAUUUUUGCAUGUUCAUUUAUGACUUUAUUAACCCUUUUUCUGUUGUGGACGUGUGUAAAAGUUCUGCUGAGCCAUUCCCCAGGUGCUUUUGGACAUCAUAAUGCAUCCUGAGCCACUGACACAUCACUGCUGCGGACGAUUUACUUCAGUAUCUCAGAGAAUAAAGAAGUUUCCAGUAUUUAUCAUGGAACAUAUAUGCCUCAUUGUGUGCUAUAAUUUGCAAGAAAACUCGUUUCAGUAUCUUGAAUUGUUUAUGAGAUAUGAUUAUUAUUAUGGCCGCAAUCCGUGAUGUGCAAGGACAUGUAUAAGUGCAUGGUGCACAGCCAUCUUCUGGAUAUAAAAUGCAAUAACUCGAGAACAAAAUGAAGUAACCUUCUGCUCUCAAUUUCAAAUAAAAUUUUGAUAUCUUAUCAACAUUUCAUUCAUUGCAGUGUAUGGGCUAAAACCCGACCAUAUCCAAAGUUUAUGCAAUGUGUUUUUACCCCUGCAAAAUUUUCAAGUUUCCCACAAUGUUUUACUUAAUUUUAUCAAGCACAGUAAUUAUGACACAUCAAGCGAAGAUAUCAGACUGUAGGAUGAGCAAAAAUCAAAUUCUUAAAUACAGAUGAUAAGUAUUUCAUAGCAGCUGGCAAGGUCAUGUGGACAGAACUGAGCAUGUCACACCCAGCCAUCCAUCGAAUAUAAAGCCCAAUAACUUAAAACGAAAAUUAAAUAUCAUUUUGCUCUCAAUUUUGAAUAAAAUUUUGAUAUUGUAUCUUACAUUUCAUUUGCUGCAGUGUAUGAGCUAACAUCAGCCAUACGCAAAGUUUAUGCAGUGUCUUUUUACCUAUGCAAACUCCUUAAAAAAAAUUCUGUUGUUUUACUUAAUUUGAUGCAGCACAGUAAGUAUGAUGGAUAACAAAAAGAAAUUAAUUUCUUUAUCGAGUGAAGAUAUCAGACUGUAGGAUGUGCAAAAAUCAAUUUUUGUCACCCAAUAGUUUUUGAAAAAUUGGACGAUAAGUAUUUCAUAUCAGUUGGAAUGCUGUCUUUUCAGCACAGGCGCCAGCAUUUGGUGAGAGUACAGUCAUAACAAAAGCUGCCCCAACCAGAAUACAAAGACCACAUCUGUAGCAGCUAAAAGGUUAACUAUCCAUUCAUCAGACAUCAGCAAAAACACCCUAAGUGCAUUAGCAUCAUUAGAAUAAAUUAAUAGGGUAAAAGUGGACCCUUAUUCUACGACAGAGCAUAUCAGUGUUUAACUGUACAAAAUUUGUAUAUUUACUGUAUUACUGUCAAUGAAGCACACUCAUUUACAUAGAGGGUGAGAUGAAAUUUUCAGGACAAUUGUCAAAUUAUUGUAUUAUAUCCUGAUUAGCCAAAAUAACACUGAACACAACAAUAUCACAUUUAAAUAGAAGGUUCUCUACAAGUUUUUUCUUACAUCUAGACAGUGAAACACUGGGAUGAGUUGGCCAAUAUUUUUAAAAUCAUCUAAUUCCAGUUUCUAAGUUCAGUACU